UCGAACACAUCCGCCGUUAUCCGACGGGAGGCAACCGUCAUCAAAUUCGUCCCCCCUUCAUCAACAACAUCAAUAAUACGAUGAAAUACAAUCUAUUCAUUAGCAACAAACAUCUGCCCGUGAUCCAAUAAUAAUCAGUCCAAGUAGCUGUACAAGAAAGGAAACGAAUCUUAAUCGAAGAGCGGGAAAGUCUGUUCAGGAUCGACGGACUAUGCAAUCGUGGAUCGAGGGUGGUCGGGCACGGGGUGUCAUACAGGACGAUCUUCCCUGAUCCUGGACGAACAGGCAGCCAAGUCACCCUCUGUGGCGCGGAGCAGCGAGAACAAAAUGCCAGAAAAGGAGGUCGCUUAUCAUCAGGAGGCGUUCUCCCUGUUGCCGCCCCCGCCACCCCCACAUCACCCUCACUCGGCGUUCCACGCGGCUUUCCACCCGCACCCGCAUCCACCGCCUCCACCGUUUCAUCCGCAUCAUGGACCGCCGCCUCCACCUCAUCCGGCCGCGGCCGCCGCUGCCGCAUGGGAGCAUCACGCGGCCGCCGCGGCUGCCGCCGCCGCCGCCGCUUUCCACGCUCCACCACCUCACCCAAGCUUUCACGAGCCAACCAGAGAGCACGUUACCGUGGAUCGUGGCCAGAUAGCCACCAACCAUCGUCCCAGGUUACCGCGCAAUCGAUCGAUCGAUCUCGACCCCUCGCAGGGCCAAGCAUCCAGGGCCUUUUUUGCCAUCUCGCGGGGAGGUGGUUCGAAGGUGGUUAGAGUCGGUAGGUAG